UCAAUUUUCGAAACUCGCAGUUACGAAGAUACCCUUUCUUGAUCCUCAUCACAUCUUUCACUUCAGCGAUACAGACACGAGAAAGGGGAUGGCGGACUCUUCUUUCAUUCGCUUCUAAUCUUUUCGCUUUAAAAGGUUUUCAUUUAUUCUUGACAGGUUUGUAAUUUUUGAAAAGAUAAAAAUGGAUGUGGAUUUGGUUGCAAGUGGAAUUUUGGACGAGGAUACUAUUCCAGUUAUUGAUCAAAACAAUGAUCUUUCUAAUUUCGAUGGCGGCAGAUGCGGGAUAUGCAUGGAUAUUAUUAUUGACAGGGGGGUUCUUGAUUGCUGUCAACACUGGUUUUGUUUUGCAUGUAUUGACAACUGGGCAACAAUCACAAACCUUUGCCCACUUUGCCAGAGUGAAUUUCAGUUAAUCACCUGUGUCCCAGUAUAUGACACCAUAGGAAGCAACAAAGUUGAGGAUGAGACAUUUUCCAGAGAGGAUGAUUGGUCCAUUGAAGGGAAGAGCAACACUCUUUCUUUCCCAUCAUACUAUAUUGAUGAAAAUUCAGUUAUCUGCUUGGAUGGAGAUGGCUGCAAAGUUCGAAGUUUAUCCACAACCAUUGAGGGAGAUCCCGAUCUCGAUACAUCAAUUGCUUGUGACUCUUGUGAUAUAUGGUACCAUGCAUUUUGUGUGGGAUUUGAUACUGAGGGCACAUCAGAAGACACUUGGUUAUGCCCAAGAUGUGUAGCAAAUCAAGCUUCACAAGAAUCUGGUGUGGUUCUUGAGAAAAAAAACACCGCGCAUGGUCCAGAGAUUGCUAAUGGUGAAUAUGUGACAGAGACGACUUUCUCUGGGAAGAUGUCUGUUUCUGUUGCGGAUACUGGCGAGACAGCUAUUGUUGUCUCAAUGGUUGGAGGAAAUCAUUGGACUGAAGAGCCAAGUGAAAACUUUUUAUCGAUCCUUGAAGUCAGCAACAGUCAGAAAAUUGAGCUACCUAGCUCUGAAGGCAAUUGCUCUGAUACAGAAAAGGCAUCAUGUGAUAAGAGCACUAUUCAACCAAUUUUGGAGGGCGAGGAGCUGGAGCUGUCUUUAUCACGCAAUACAUUCUCCACUUUACUUUCAAAUUCUUCGGUGCACGGUGAGUUCAAGACAAGUAAAGCUACAGAAACAAUAAAAGAACGAACCAACUUAGAUGGUGUUGGAAAUACCUCUGGAAAGUCACUGAAUGAAUCCUGCACCAGGAACCAAUUUUCUGAAACCAAAUCCAGUGCAGGCCUUCAUCUUGGUUUAUCAAUAGGCUCGUUUCUGUCUGUUGAUGAUGAUGUCAGAAGUAGUGGAAGCAAAGACCAGGUGAAUAUAGAGACUGAGCAUCAGAGUCACAUGGAGGCACUAACGCCACUAGAUGAGAAAACUGAACGUGAUAACAAGGAGAAUUUUGGCACUGUUACUGGUUUAAAAAGGAAGAAUUCAUGUUUCAGGAGUGAUGUUUUGAGCUCUGAUGGUGAAGAAACCAAAUGUAAGAAUGAGACUGAAGCUUUGAAGAAGAAAAUUAAGGUUGAGGAAUUGGUUCAUAUAGCUCCUGAGAGCAAAGUUGAUACAUCAGUAUCAGAUAAUACUCCAAAAUGCCUCACCCUGAAAGCAGUUUCCAGAGAUGGCAAGGUCAAAAGUCAUCCAGAAAAGGAAGAUCCCAUUACUGAUUUAAUGAGUAUUGUUCAGGGGACAAGCCGUAGAACUUCUACCAAGGGGCUUGCACGUCGAAAUCCUACUGAUGAAUCCUUGAAAGGAGAAAAUUUGGCUGGCUUGAGGGUAAAAAAAAUCAUGAGAACAUCUGAGGAUAAGGAGUCAUCUGUUGUUGUGCAAAAAUUAAGAAAAGAAAUUAGAGAGGCUGUCCGUAACAAAUCCACUAAAGAAUUUGGAGAAAGCCUUUUUGACCCAAAACUUCUUGCUGCUUUCAGGGCUGCAAUAUCAGGACCAAAAACUGAAACUGUAAAGAAGUUGUCACCUUCAGCUUUGAAGAUGAAGAAAUCCUUGUUGCAGAAGGGUAAAGUUCGUGAGAAUCUAACAAAGAAAAUUUAUGCAGAUUCUAAUGGAAGGCGGAAACGUGCAUGGGAUCGGGACUGUGAAGUUGAAUUUUGGAAGUAUCGGUGCAUGGGAGCAUCAAGGCCCGAAAAGGUUGAGACCUUGAAGUCAGUUCUUGACCUCCUAAGAAAUAAUGAAGAGGGCUCAGAGAGGUGGCCAACAUCUGAAUGCCAGGCAUCCAACCCCAUUCUUUCCAGAUUGUAUUUAGCAGAUACAUCUGUUUUCCCACGAAAGGAUGACAUAAGGCCCUUGUCUGCACUUAAAACCACUGGUAGUUCUGAACAGAGCAGAGAACAAGAUGUUGCAGUAGGAAAAACUCCUCUACCAUCUCUUGAUCAAACUGGAAAAAGUACAGAAGAAAACAAGGUUUCAUCAAAGGUUGGUGCUCUGUCAGCUGAUCUUAAAGGAGCUAAGACAGGUGUUUUGAACUCAAAAGGUUCUGUUGCUUCUAGUAAAGUUGAUUCGAACAAAGGUUCAGAAGGGUCUUUACCAAGGAAUCCUAAAGUUGAAUCACUGAAAGUAGUGGGUGCGAAGUCUGAUGAUGUAAAGGUUGAUAAAAGAAAAUUUGCCCUGGCGGUGCUUGCAAGGAAAAAGGCUGCAGAGAGCAAAAGUGGAACACAGGAAAGGCAGGAGGACAAUGCUGUGCUGAAAGGAAACUAUCCCUUGCUAGCUCAGCUACCACCGGACAUGAGACCAUCACCAGCACCCAGUCGGCAUAAUAAAAUCCCCAUAUCUGUUAGGCAGGCACAGCUUUACCGCCUUACUGAGCACUUCUUAAGAAAAGCAAAUCUGCCAAUCAUUCGCAGAACUGCUGAAACAGAGUUGGCUGUUGCUGAUGCAAUUAAUAUCGAAAGAGAUGUUGCUGAUAGGUCAAACAGCAAAGUAGUGUAUCUGAACUUGUGCUCCCAGGAAGUAUUGCAUCGUUCAGAUGACAUUAGGUGUGUUAGAGCCAAAGAAGCAGAUACUUCAUCCCCUUCAGAAAUCUCUACUAAUAGGCAAGAGCAAGGAUCUGAUGAGUGUUCGACAGACCCUAUGGUUGUGGAAGCACUUAGAAAUGCAGGCCUUUUGUCUGAUUCCCCUCCAACUAGUCCACUUCAUAAAACUGAGGUCCCUAAUGAGGUAGAUGAUUCCUCAGCAAAAAUUAUGGAUGAGGAGCCUGAUAAUAUAUUUGAAAUGGAUUCUCAUUUGGAAGCAGAUAUUUAUGGUGAUUUUGAGUAUGAUCUAGAGGAUGAAGAUUAUAUUGGUGUUACUGCUGAAAAGGCUCUUAAGGUACAACCUGAAGGUGUGGCAAAAAUGAAAGUCGUUUUGUCAACUGUUAGCAAUGAGCCGUCAAAAUCAAACAACCUUGCUGAUGCAGAGGACCAUGAGAAAUUGGGGAAUAUUGUGGUACUGAAUGAUUCUACCUGUUUGCCAAAGAAUAGUAAUGAACCUUUGAUCAAAUGCUCAACUGCAGAUGAUGGGACUGAUAGGUCUUGUGCUGUUCUGGAACCCCCAGGUGAAGAGCUUUCCAUUGCAGAAUGUGAAGAAUUAUAUGGUCCUGACAAAGAGCCUCUAGUAAAUAAAUUUACAGAAGCAUCCCAAAAGAUACAAGGGUUGGUUGAUGCAGGAAUUCCAGCAGACAACACAGCUAUUAUAGUUAAUGAAAAUAAAGUUAUUGACCCCAUUAGUCAUGGCUCAUCUGGUAGAGAAAAUCCCGCUGAACAAAUUCAAACUGGUGAAAAUGUUAAAAAGAAAGAUAAGAAAUCCAAUAUGGAGACAGACAAGCAGUCUGAUGGUGCUAAUCAUGUAUCCAAGAAGGUGGAAGCAUACAUCAAAGAACAUAUCCGCCCACUCUGUAAGAGUGGUGUGAUAACAGCUGAACAGUACAGAUGGGCUGUGGCAAAAACCACCGAUAAGGUUAUGAAAUACCACAUAAGUGCCAAGAAUGCUAAUUUCUUAGUCAAGGAAGGUGACAAGGUAAAGAAACUUGCUGAGCAAUACGUAGAGGCAGCCCAGCAGAAGGACAAAACUGAUCCCUCGUUAUGACUUUCAUUUCCACUUCAUCUAAUUCCAAUGACCUCUUGCACAUUUCUCUUAGGUUCUAGACCCCCCCCCCUCUCCUCCCUCUUUUUCUGUCUUUGGUCAGUAAAUUGUGGACGGUUUAGGCCUGCCUUGAGGGAUAUAGUCUGAUGGAAAACGUGACAUUGGCAUUGUUAAAUCGAGUAUUCAAGGUAAACAAACUUGAUUAUGAGGCCUGCCUUGUAUGCCUGUUUGCCAUUACAGCCAUAGCUCGAGAUUUAUGCCAAGGAAUUUAUGUUAGGACAAUGCAGUUGUCGAGAAAUUGUAAAUUUGCUGCCGAGCUGUUCAUCGACAACGGUGACAAGCUCCAGAUGUACGUUAUCAAAUUACUGAUGGCGUAUGUUUCUUCUUAAAACAACUCAAGCAAGGCAAUUCAGAAUUUAACUAAUGCAUGCUUGGAACAUGCAUUUUAAUAUCUGUAUCUGAAUUUCAUGUGAUAUAAUUGCGAGAAAGUUAAGCAUGUAAAAUUAUUUUUGAAGGCAUAAAAUAUGAAAUUCUUUUUCUUUA